GGCGCCGUUGGGUCGACGAUACGCGAUGUCGAAAGCUUCCUCGAUCCUCGGGCCGUAUCUCCACGCCGGAGAAAAGUAGAGAAUUAAAUGGUAACUAAUCGCCCCUGAGACCGCGAGUUGAAUAAUCAAAAAGGCCAACCGACUCGAAUGCAGCGUCGCAAUGCACGAGAGAUGACAUUUGCCAUUGACAGUGGUUAGUGAGAGUGAUUAGCAGUGAGGAUUGUUUGUUUCGUCGACUUUCUUCCGCUCAAUGAUGGCUUUUCUGCAAGUUUCUCGACUCUUUGAUAUUUUUUCUUGUCCUUUUCUCUACCCUAGUCUUCUAUUUUUUGGCCCGACUCACCGGAGGUGAAUAAAAGUUUUGUUUUAUCCGUAGGGAUUAUUAUGUCGGUAGGAAUGAUGAUACUUUUGGGAAAAGUUGUUCUUUUUUGCCCCUAGGACAUUUUCAAUUCUAACUCAGUUUGCAGGUUCGAAAGUUGAGAACUGACCGAAAAGAAGCUUUCAGAAAUGUCAAAGUAUGUAUCGAGGACUCGAGACACCUUUCGAAAGACCAGCAUUGUGUACCGAACGUGGAGUUUGGCUGUAUUCCUAUCCUUGCAUGUGGGACGCAAUGAGAACCAAAUUUUAUAAGCAGAAGGUGUUCGAACUAAUAGGAAUAAGUGAGAAAUAUGAGAAACGAAAGAUACUAGUCAUUUUUUUCUGUCGACAUUCGUCGCAGUAACGUCAGAAGCUUGAUUAGAAUCCAAUAUUCAACAGCCAACAGUGAAUUCCGAUGUAACAAAAUAUGUUCGAAAAUAUUCUCACGGACGAAAAAUGCCCCGCAUAUCGUACACGAUGACGCAUUGAGCGGAUAGAAGGAAGGUGGGUAAGAGUACCGUGAGAAAAUGGAACCUGUCGACCAUAGUGAGUGAAUUUAAGGUGCAAGCAUGUGCUGGAGAAUUGCCACGAUUUACAUAAUGGCUCACCUCUCGAGCAUUCGUGCUGAUAUGGAUUAUAUGGCUCUCCUUUCGGAAACACUGCGCACCCGUUAUCUGCUCGGAUGUACGGCUUCCUCUUCGGCGACAUCCGUUCCCCUGACCCUUCGUUGCCCUCCCGGCACGACAAUAAGCGUCACCCUUGCGCACUACACGGACAAUCCGACAGCAUCCCUCGGCAUUCUGCAAGUUCCUCAAUGUCCGCUGCCGGUUAUCACACCUGACCAAGUAUUCGGCCUAAAUUGUACCAGCAACGUGCAGGUGUUCAGCAUUUGCUCGUCAUUUGGAAGCUCAAUGCCCAUAUCAGCGUCCAUUUCGAACCCAGUGAUCACGUGGUUUGAAGAGGUUAUACUGAUGACUGACGUCAGAAAGGAAAAGGCGAACACUUAUUUUUGCAGAAGGAUUAACGCAAGAAAAACAAAGUGGAGGGACGUCGACCACGGAUCGUGGGGAAGGUACUCGCUGCUGCAGACGGUCGUCGAGGCCUGCCAGAAGAAGAGACAGUGUCGAGUCUUGACGGGCGAUGAAAACGAACGGGAUCCUUGCCUUCUACACCACCGUCUACGUCGGCCCCGACUCGUCGAGCUCGCCUACAAAUGUCGACCAUACGAGUUUCGGAGCAAACUGUCAUGCGCCGGUGAGAGAGUCUCGUUAUCCUGCAACCCCGGAAGCCGAGUUGCCGUCUACAGCGGAUUUUACGGCAGGAACGAGUACGAAAACCUCCACUGCCCUCAGCCGCCUGGCGUUCCGGAGGAAACCUGUGUCAGCGAGGGAGGAACGAGAACUGUGAUGAGAGCUUGUCACGGACGGAGAAGCUGCGUCCUAACCACGAGCCCCAAAUUGUUCAUUCGUCCAGCGACCUCGAAUCCGUGCAAGCACUCGAACACGAAGCCUUAUCUCUACGUUGUCUACACUUGCGUUCCCAGAAAGGUCCUCGCCGAGGAAUACGAAAUGCCUCUGCUGCCCGACGAGGACGAAAACCUCCAGGAGCCGGAUGUCCUCGAGGAGGGGUUCGACAAGGCAGACUUCAAAGCCGCCUUCAGUCCCAGCCCGAAUCUGGUCGGACCGCUUUCCGACACCGUCAACUCGACGUCGCGGACUCCGCAGCCUCGGCCACCCCUGACCAAGGAGGGUGCGGGUUUCGAGGGCUCGAAAGACGAAGGCAUGUUCUACGUCUGGGUUGGCCUCUGCUCGGGCGUUCUGCUGACGCUGAGUGCUGUUCUGGCGAGGGUUGUCGUUCAGCAGUUGAACUCCGGCCGUCCCCUCACCCCCGACACACCGCCGAGGACAAAAUUCCCCGCCGACUUGGCCGCGAUCGAGGCUGAGGUCGACCUGACAACGACGACGCUUUCGAUAACGAAGAAAAAAAGCGUGCCUCACGUCGUAGAAGACACCAUGACGUUUACUGCGGCGGAAAAUCGGUACCCGCUGCGACCUGUUUCGACAACGCAUCGGGGACUCAUGGAGACGUCUCUGGUGACGACGAAUGACCUGGUCGGAGCUUCCCUCCGGAAUGGUCAGAACCUCUGUUGUCCUGCGUGACGUCAGGGCGGUGGUCGCCAAUCCGAUUUUCGCGUGACCGCCUCGCCAUCACCAUCGACUCUGGGCAGUACUCGUUGUCAUUUGGAAGACGGCCGCCACUCGGCUGGAAUCGGGAGCCCCGAGAACAACAAACCAAGGCCAAAGGCCAGGUCGUCUGACGUCAUUGGUCAACCGAAAUCGUGCACGAGGAUGUACUGUUUCUAAAAGUGCAUUGAUCAAUCUCCACGAUUCGGAACGGACUAUAUUGAAAUUUGAAAUGUUUUUAUAUAACGCGAACAUGUUUUACGCGUUUUUCCAUGUCUGUUUUCCGUACUCAAAGUACUCGUUUCCAUGCCGGUCGAGUUGCUCUGCGAAUGCGCGUGCGCGGAGUACUGAAAAGACCACUUUUAAGUUCUUGGAGUUAAAAGUGGUCUUUUUUGUACUGAGCGCAUGCGUUUUCGUGUUUAGUGAAGAACGCGGAACAUACUCUUGUUAUAUAAAGAAUGGUGUGCAACAAGAAGGCAACGGUUUUUUUCGCAUCGCGUAUUUGCGUAUUAUCGUCUUCGGUUCGCCUACAACUCGUAUUGCAAACUUACGCUCGCCCCGAAAUGACCGAUUUUGCCUCCCUGUUACCACAAUAUACUAUAGUUUGAUAUGAACGGGAAUUGGAAUCGGAAUUAUUGGUUAUGAUUUCGAAAAGUGUACCAGCCACCACACAAAAACGCAUGUCAAUCCGAACUGGAAGUUGUACAGCAUAUUUGGCAAUCUGAUAAUUGCGUUUCAGUGACAUUAUAGGUACGAUAAAAUUCUGUACGAUGAUAUUAAUCUUUUUUCAUUUUUAAAUAACUCUAAUUUUGUUAAAGCUCUUAAAAACCCGUUUGCAAUACUCGCCGAUUUUUUUUACAGCUGGAACCCUCUACAGCUCUUCAAAUUCGGUUUCAAAAUAUGAUCUUUAGUUAUGAAUAAUGUCUGAAUGAUUCCGGGAUCAUCGAGUAUUCUUUCAUUUAUGAAAUAGUAUGUUGAAAAAGAACAUUCUAGUCGAAAACCUGCCGAGAAGGUUUUACAACAACGAUAAAGUAUUUUCGCAUGGAAAAUCAGUUACACAUUAUUAUGACUGUUCAUGUCAUUGAUCAUACUUUUUUAAUGUAAGAGGUAGCAAGUUGUGGAGACUUUUAUUUAUCGACACAGUAAGUCCUGUGGUUUAUACAAAUUUUGCGACUGACACGCCUUUUUUGUUCGAGAAAUGAUUGAAUAGUGUUAUCUCUCAAGUUUCAGAUGAUAGGACUGUGGUAGUUGAUUUUUGUGAUCUGACCAAAUUUUUUGGAGGCUUAUUGGCUGUUUCUUAACCAAAAUUCAACUCUAUCAACAUCAGUUACGUUAUAAGUCAACUUGAUGUUUAACGGAAUCUUACAAAAUUUACGAGUUCUUCAACUGGCUUUAUGAUAAUUGAUUCAUGGAGAUCUGACUAGAUCUGCUCAGCAUUUAGAGUUUCUAAAGUGAAAGUUUGGCUGAUCCAAACUGUCGUCCUUCAGACUGUAAUUCUCGCAAUUUUGUACUUUUGCACAGUAAAUUUCCACCGAAUAAUUGUAAAUACAGGUAUAUGUGACUGUAAAAUUCUUCAAGCUUGGCGAAUGUAGGGUAUUAUAAAUACUGUCUACUGAAAAUUUCAUGAAAUUCUAUGGAAUUUUUAUUACUUCGAUGUCAAAAUUACUGUCAUUCUCCAAGUCUUGGAUAUACACCUUUGAUUAUUAUGUUUAUAAAUGUACUUUACGAACCAUGUUGACAGUGAAAUAUAUAAUAUUCUAAAUUA